AUGGUUUUGAGGAGACAAGUGGAUUUGCGAAAUGAAGGAAGAGCAUUGCAGCGCUUUACCGAGAAUUUUCAUCAUGGAAAGCUGCGAAUCGAGUUCCCGAAAGUGAUCGCUUUCAAUCGACGCGUUUUGUGUGAGACUUUUGAAGCAGGAGAUCAUUUCGAUGCAAUGUUGGAAAAAAAAGAGAAAUCAAAGGAAAGUGCUGAGGUUCGUCAUAAAAUCGCGGUACUCGGCGCACAAGGUUUCCUCCAAAUGGCGUUUGUCGACAAUUUUAUUCACGGGGAUUUACACCCAGGGAAUAUUUUGAUAAGAUUCAACGAAAAGAACGACCAACAUUUGCCAAAAAAUCCACUCCAGAAGUUCAUGGACAAACUCCGAUGGCUCUUACGUCGAAAUUCAGUAGAUGAAUCUCGGGAACCGACCCUGGUUCUUCUAGAUGCAGGAAUUGCCGUUUCACAAACCCCUGAGAAUGUUCAACGCUUCAAAAAGAUGUUCAAGUAUAUCAUCGAGAAUCGAGGCUACGAAGCCGGACAAUUUUUCCUAACUUAUGAGGCGAAUCGGCAAAAAUGCAGGGAUUCUGAUGCAUUUUGUCGAGAUCUUAAAGCACUAGUAGAUCGAGCAAGAAGAGACAGUUUUCAUCGAACGAUCAACGUCACCUCGGUGUUCAACGAAAUGUUCUCGAUUCUCUGGAAACACCGAGUUCUCAUCGAUUCCUCGUUCACCUCGGUGAUGCUCUCAAUGAUGGUGCUCGAGGGAAUCGGUCGAACUUUGGACCCGAAAUUGGAUCUUUUCGAAUGUGCUAAACCCUAUCUGCUGAAUGUUUUUUUUGAA